AUGCCUGUUUCACAUAUCACCCUCACGGUCUCUCAUCUGCCGACUUCCACUUCUUUCUUCCUAUCUUGUCUGCAACCUUUGGGUUAUCAGUUCAUUGGGAGACAUGACGACUAUAUAGGUUUCGGUCAGAAGCAGGGGGAGCCUGCUGAUUUCUGGAUGACCGAACAGAAGCCUGGAGUCCCUCCUGGUGCAGUUCAUGUCGCUUUCCCAGCCCCGUCAAGAGACGCCGUCGCCUCAUUCUUCAUCAGCGCCUUGAAGGCCGGUGGGAAAAUACACGGCGAGCCCAAGGAACGGGAUUCCCAAACUGGGUAUUUCAGCGCGGCAGUCAUCGACUUCGACGGCAACAGCAUCGAAGCUGUAUACCGGCCGAUCAGCAGUGGCGCGUCAGUCGUCUCCGCCGCCAGCGGGCCGACAAUGGCCCUACUAGAGAACAAAGACAGCCGGUCCGUGGUCUCCAAAGUGAGCAGCAAAGCCAGCACCGUUAAGGCCGAGAGCCUCAGAGCAGAGAGCAUCGCACCCCCAAGGUCCGAGGCCCAUUCUCGCGCUGUCUCAAAGGCACCUACUGCCAUUGAGCGCUCUGCCCCGACAGUCGUAUCCCGGGCACAGUCCCAGGCACCCUCGCAACAACAAUACGGGCUUCAAACGCCCCCGCAAACGCCCCCGAAAGCCGACGAUGGCAGCAGAGCAGCCAAGACAAUCGUUGGCACCCUUAUCGGCGCAGCAGCAGGUGCAGCCAUCGCCUAUGCAAUGGUCAAAGGCGAAAACCAGUCCACCACUGAGCAAAGUCCCAUGCAAUACGUGACCAACUUUCCCCAGCUCAAGGCGGCACCCUCCCAAGCCUCUCACGAGGACGAAGAGCCCAGCCCAAGCCAAUACCGAGCCCUGGAAGCACCACCUCCACGCAGCGAAUAUGCCCGCAGUGAAUACGCCCGGAGCGCAUACACAGCAGCCUCGGCGCCACGCACAACCCUCACGCGCAGCGUAACCUCCAAGAACCCGCGCGCGAGCACCAUCUACGAAGGAACAGAGUUCAUUCACGACGACCCCGGCCGCCGCGCUUCAGAGGGUAGCAUCUACAGUAUCCCCGAAGAUCUCCCCUUACGCGCAAUCGAGUAUCCACCCCCGAGCAACGCCUCGCAGCAGCGCUAUCCCUGCAACCCGUCCACUUUCAUCAGCAGCUAUGCGAAUGACAAGCCCCGCAACAACUCCAGUGGCAGCAUUCACAGCUCGUCAACAAUCAAGGCCUCCCAGGCCAGCGUGCAGCGCCGUCACAGCCACGAUGAUAGAGAUGGAUACUCGACUCAUAGCAGCCAGGUGCACAGCCAGCACACCACCUACCGCGCAGCCUCCGUCAAAUCCGCCUCAGUAGCCCCAUCCUCACACCGCGGCGGCUCACCCUCAGCAACCGGCAACGCCAAAGAACCAAGCAACGCCCCCUCAACCUCAACCCGCUCAGCCCGCAACGUCCCCCUCCCAACAGGCUCACAAACAACAACAUACUCCAGUCCAAGCAUUCACAGCAAAGACAACGGCGGCGGUAGCACAGCCAAAAACUCCCACGUCUCUGCCCGCCAAAUCCCCCUGCCCCAGGGCUCAAUCUCGACCUUCUACUCCAGCCCAAGCAUCCACAGCGGCGCCGCAGAUGGCUACCACGGCGCCGGAGGCGAAAUAACCCGCUCCGCAGACAAAACCUCCUACGUCUCCCUCUCCCCUCGAGACAUCUUCCUGCCCGAAAGCGUCCUCGACGUCGAUGUCAACUCGAACGUCACACCCGAUGACUCAAUCAGCCAGGUUGGAGGCCAUAGCCACCACGGUGGACGGUCUAGAUCUAGACAUUCGUCUCAUAGUCAUGCGCGUUCGCAUCGUUCACGCUCGCGCUCGCAUCGGUCUUCGCAUUCGCGUGCUUCGAAGAGGGAGCCUUCCGUUCAUUCGAAGGCUGCUUCUAAGGUUGGGUCGAAGGUUGGUUCGGGCUCCAAGGCUGGUUCGAAGUUCGAUGAGCCCGUGAGACCGGCUGAUUCUGUUAGUCAGGUUUCUAGGGCUUCGCAGCGGACUGCUAAGGCGCCUGAGAGUCGGAGGGGUAGUCAGGUUGUAUGA